CCUCCCUCCCCCAAAGCGCAAGGGAGAGUAAAGGAAAAAGAAUAUCACCUUUCGUUAUUUUAUCAUCUCUCUCCGCUCUCCACCUUUCGUCACUUUCCCGAGAAAAUGAGAGAAAUCUUGCACAUCCAGGGUGGCCAGUGCGGCAACCAGAUUGGUGCCAAAUUCUGGGAAGUGAUCUGCGACGAGCACGGCAUUGAUCACACCGGAAAGUACAGCGGCGAUUCAGAGCUCCAGCUCGAGCGCAUCAAUGUCUAUUACAACGAGGCCAGCGGCGGAAGGUACGUGCCACGCGCCGUCUUGAUGGAUCUGGAGCCUGGAACCAUGGAUUCUCUUAGAUCCGGUCCGAUCGGGCAGAUCUUCCGCCCCGAUAAUUUCGUGUUCGGGCAGUCAGGUGCGGGUAACAACUGGGCCAAAGGUCACUACACCGAGGGAGCUGAGCUCAUCGACUCCGUCUUGGACGUUGUCAGGAAGGAGGCCGAGAAUUGCGAUUGCUUGCAGGGAUUUCAAGUCUGCCACUCUUUGGGAGGUGGUACUGGCUCAGGCAUGGGAACCCUUCUCAUCUCAAAGAUCCGGGAAGAAUAUCCAGACCGUAUGAUGUUGACAUUUUCCGUCUUUCCAUCCCCCAAGGUGUCCGACACAGUUGUAGAGCCAUACAAUGCCACACUUUCUGUUCAUCAGCUCGUUGAAAAUGCUGAUGAAUGCAUGGUCUUGGAUAACGAAGCUCUCUAUGAUAUCUGCUUCCGCACUUUGAAGCUUGCUACACCAACUUUUGGUGACCUUAACCACCUCAUUUCUGCUACCAUGAGUGGAGUUACUUGUUGUCUACGUUUCCCUGGGCAGCUGAACUCUGAUCUUAGAAAGCUUGCUGUCAACCUUAUCCCCUUCCCUCGUCUCCAUUUCUUCAUGGUUGGGUUUGCACCCUUGACAUCAAGAGGUUCCCAGCAGUAUCGCAACUUGACUGUGCCUGAAUUGACUCAGCAGAUGUGGGAUGCCAAGAACAUGAUGUGUGCUGCAGAUCCACGCCACGGUCGUUAUCUGACUGCCUCGGCAAUGUUCCGUGGUAAGAUGAGCACCAAGGAAGUGGAUGAGCAGAUGAUAAAUGUGCAAAACAAAAACUCUUCUUACUUUGUGGAGUGGAUACCUAACAACGUGAAGUCUAGCGUGUGCGAUAUUCCACCUAGGGGUCUCAAGAUGGCAUCCACCUUCAUUGGCAACUCAACAUCAAUUCAAGAGAUGUUCAGGAGAGUUAGUGAGCAGUUCACAGCAAUGUUCAGGCGCAAGGCUUUCUUGCAUUGGUACACUGGAGAGGGAAUGGACGAAAUGGAGUUCACCGAGGCUGAGAGUAACAUGAAUGAUCUAGUUGCAGAGUAUCAGCAGUACCAGGAUGCUACUGCUGAUGAGGAAGAAUAUGGAGAGGAAGAAGAGGAGGCUGCUGCUUAAGCUGCUUUAAAUUGUGGAACAGUCAAAAUACGUUGACUUGUUUAUUGUUGAUGUGUUUUGAAUGGAUUGAGGGUCGUUGAGACAUUAAGUCAUUGUAUAAUCUGGGAUCUGCGGAGAGUGCUUCUAUUUUGAGGUCAUGGAUGUCUUACUAGGUAGUUCCUUAUAUAUAUCGAUGGUGGCAGUUCCCCUCUAUUACCAUUGUUUCCCCUUUUUGUUCCAGUUGUUUUCUUUCUAAUUAUUUUAUUUUUUUAUUGGUUUUGAAUUCAACAAGCAUUAACUUAUACUA